CCGGGAUAACUGUCUACGAUGUUCAUCCUAUGAUAGAUGCUCGCUUUGUAAAACUGGGUUUUAUGGACCAAACUGUGAGAAAAAUUGUUCGGCUGGUUGUUUAUCAAACUCUUGCUAUAUGCAUACUGGAAACUGUACAUGUUUUCCAACUUUUGCUGGAGUAACAUGUGACAAAUGUAAAACCGGACAAUAUGGAAAUUUGUGUGAUCAACAAUGUUCAGUAGGGUGUAAAAGUAACGUGUGUGAAAGAAAAUCCGGAAAUUGCAAAGAUGGAUGUAUCGUAGAUACGAUCAUUGGUGAUAAAUGUGACGUUUGUUUAACAGGCUGGUAUGGACAGAACUGUAAUAUGUCUUGUUCUGCCGGCUGUAAAAAUCAGAAAUGUGAGAAAAGUAAUGGUGAAUGCUCCUAUGGAUGUCUUGAUAAUUUCUUUGGAGGACAGUUCAAUCAAUGCAUGCAUGAGGUUGAUGAACAAUGUAAAGUAGAUUGUGCAUGUUGUAUAGAAAGAAAAUGUGGAGGAGGCAAAUGGUUUCCCAACCAAUGUACUCUAGGCUGUAUUGAUGGUUAUAGAGGUGCUCGCUGCUACAUACGAUGUACACACAACUGUACAAAAUGCCCUGAUCGUGAAGAUACGUGUACUGCGUGCUAUGAUGGCUAUUACCCCGGUUCUGCUAGAGACUGCACAUCGAAGUGUUUACCCGGAUGUAAAACAUGCACAACAGGAACCACGUGUACAUCAUGUAAGGAGGGAUAUUAUAACGCCGAUGGUCAAUCUGAUUGUAACUGUCCUGUUUAUUGUAAUUGUAAUAAUGGUCAGUGUGUGUCAUGUAAGGACAGAUAUUACGAUACCAGUAAUUUAUGUUACAGUUUAUGUCCAGGUAACUGUGUCACUUGUUCGUCAAAUAAUGAUUGUGGAUCGUGUAAGGAUGGUUAUUAUAAAGGUUACCAGAACGACAACAUUAAUUUUCCUUUGUUGAACGACUGUACAUAUAAAUGCCGGGAUAACUGUCUACGAUGUUCAUCCUAUGAUAGAUGCUCGCUUUGUAAAACUGGGUUUUAUGGACCAAACUGUGAGAAAAAUUGUUCUACUGGUUGUUUAUCAAACUCUUGCGAUAUGCAAACUGGAAACUGUACAUGUUUUCCAACUUUUGCUGGAGUGAGAUGUGAUAAUUGUAAAACCGGAAAAUAUGGAAACAUGUGCAAUCAAGAGUGUUCUGCAGGGUGUAAAGGUGGCGUUUGUGAAAAAGAAUCAGGAGAUUGUACAUACGGAUGUACUGUAGUCACGAUCGUUGGGGUUAAAUGUGAAAAUUGUUCAACUGGCUGGUAUGGACAGUACUGUAACAUAUCUUGUUCUCUUGGCUGUAAAAUGGAGCAAUGCGAAAGAAGUAAUGGUGAAUGUUCAUAUGGAUGUCUUGAUAACUUUGAGGGACGGCAGUGCAAUCAAUACAUGCCUGACUCAAGUUCCACAGAGCAGUCAUUUAAUACAGCUGGUGUAAUACUUGGGACAGGAUUUGCUGUGUCGUUGGUACUUGUGGUUACGUUGAUUCUCUGGAAAUGUCGGAAAAGGGCCAAUGGUAAUAGCACUACAAGGGGACCUCGUAAUGAAAACUCUGGCAUCGAACUGGAAUGUGGAAGUUCAGCAAACGCUGGCAAUGUCAGAAAUCAUGGAUUUGUUCAAGAAUCAAACAGUGAUGUCGUGUUAGGAUCAGAUUACGAUAAUCAGAAUCUUGGGAGAGUUCAAGUAUCUGAGCAUGAAUGUCGACAGAAAAAUUUGGUUUCUUUGAUGUAAUUGUAGCAGUUAGCAUUAACAACAACAACAAUCAAAAGUGUCACGUCAAUGCACGUGAUAGAGUAACAAGUGUAUUCAGUUUCAUUUUUUGUAUAGUGCUGAAUAACUGUCUGAUGUUUUAAUGUGUUCAGCAGCCUUCGGUUUUUAUGUUUUCGAUAGGUUUCCUUCUUGUUUAUUUAUUUUAUCGACGACAAAUUUCGAUUUAUCUAACAAUAAGAUAUCUAACCUUAGAAAAGCUGAAGGCCGCUUUAACACUUUUGUACAUAUUUGUAUAAGACAAAAUUAAACAUUUAACUGUAUGUUGAUAUUUUGACAUCCACACUUUUGAAGUUAUAUCAGUUAAUAAAACGAAUGUGCGUCCUUAUAUCUAUAUAAUGAUAAUCAUAUCUCAUUCAUUUUGUUGAAGGUAUACUAUGCUCACUCUUGAGUAAAAUAUUUUAAACAAGUCAUUUAUUAAAUCUAUUAAGUUAUUACUGAAUAUGACCGUCUAAUUUGAAUCAAAAGUGAAAAAUGUAUUGUAUUGAAAGUCACGCAUCCAGAGUUAGUCUUUUCGUACAUUCAGAAAAGGGAAAACAC